GCUCGGUCUCCUGGCAACCAGAUGCAGGGGCCAUGGCACUCUUAACACCCCACGGUGUGAAAGAAGUCUUCCAAUUUCAGAGAAGAGGGAGGAGGGAUCAUAUUUCAGAAGCUGAGGCCUGCUUGACGUAUACUAACCCUGGGCUGCAGUGGUCAGCAUGAGAACUCUCAGAGGAAGGAAAGUCCUGGAAGAAGAGCAAGUCCCAGGAGGAGGAGGGAGUGCUGUCCAGAAACCAAGACACAAUUCUUCCAGGGGGGCCACGUGCUGGUUACCCUUCAGGACUCUGAGACCACAAGGUCGGGAGCACCUGCGGAGGCUUCUGAACUGGGAGGAAUUUAAUGAACAGACAGACUCCCGGAGGAGCAUCCUACUGGACACCCUCUACGAGAGCAUCAUCUUUGCAGUGGGCAAAGGCUUCCCAUGGGUGGAGGUGGCCCAAGUGGUCAAGUUCACAGAAGAGCUGCUAAGGGAAACCAAAGGCUGCUCCGUUACUGAGGCUGUGAUGAUCCUGGGAAACAAGCUCAGAGAUUACAAGGGCCAUUUCAACACUACCCGCCUGCUGGCCCUCUGUGACUACUUCCACCACACCUUCAUCCACCACUACAAACUCUACCAGUAUGUCCUGGGCCAGGAGCAGCAGGUCGACCUGACCGUUGCCCACCUGGAGGUGUGCGUGCCACCCCAGCCCCUCCCACUGGCCGAGGGCAUGGACAGGGACUUGUGGACCCACAAGCAGCAGGUGGCUGCGCUGACCGAGGCUGAGGCACAGAAACGCACCGACAUGCUGCUCCUGAAAGAAGCACUGCUCCUGGAGAAGAAGAACUCGCUGCAGAAGGCGUUCACCUCUGCCAUGCCAGCGCAGCCCAGCCGGGUCCUGGAAAGACAGGAAUUGGAGAGCCUCGUCCGCCAGGCCGUCCACAUCCAGAUGGCAUUCCUGCAGGAGCUGCUGCAGUGCCAGAUCCAGAACACUUUCGCCAUCUUGGACCUGAAGCUUCAGAAGAAGACUCUGAACCUCAACACCCCCGCCCCUUUUCCGCCCCCCAUCACCAGCCACGCAGGCCAGGAGGAAGCUCUGAAGCCCCACAAAGUGAGUAAAGGAAAGAAAGCGAAGGCAAGGAAGUAGAAGGCCCCCACCGCCACCCAAGACUGACUGGGGACCAGCCAUCCACAGCCGUGAGUUGUGCGGCACCGUCAGCUCAGCACCCACAGAGACUUCUUACAAUGAAAAAGAAACAAACCCAUGC